GGCCACUGAUGGGCUACACAAGGCACAUUGAGUCGCCAACAAAGAACUUUUUAUUUAGUUAACAAUGGAUACUAUAAAAUUCAUCAUCACAGAAUAUCAAUGUCAGAUAAAGAAAAGAGAAUAAGAUGACCCAAUGAGGCUUAUGCUUUAAGCAAUACCAGUGAAGUAGAUGUUUUAAUCUAGUAUUAAUGCUCUGGCAGUCUCAGAGGGAUGAAGCUGUCCUCAAAUUUUUAUAGCCAUAUGCAUGUGAAUAUCAUCAUCGUCUUCAUGGAGUUGGCAAAGUAGGCAUGGGCAAUGAGAUGGGUAACAAUAACACAUCUGGUCUAAAAGAAGAAGAUAACACACUUGCUAUAGAUUCCAAAAACUUGUUUAACAAGGCUGCUGAUGCAGACAAUGUUAAAGGAGAAAAUCAAACAGUUCCAACAGUACCUGAAGCCAAAGAUUUUCACGAGAAAGUAACAGGGUUGGCUUCAGAUGAUCCAACAGAAGCAAAAGACCCUCAUAUUGAAAAUGAGAGACCAGGUGGUAGAGAACAAGAAGAAAAUGAAGUUCAUCCUCCCACUGAAUCUCCAAAAGCAGUAAUGGAAUCAAUUGAAGCAAGCAGUCAAAAUAAUGAAAUCAGACCAGCUCCUUGGCAAAAAGAUUCAGAAGUCCCUCCUCCUACUGAAUCUCCUAGAACAGUGAUGGAAUCAAUUGAAGCAUGCAGUGAAAAUAAUGAAACCAGAGCAGCUCCUACGCAAAAAGAUUUAGAAGUUCAUCCUCCAACUGAAUCUCCUAAAGCAGUGAUGGAAUCAAUUGAAACAUGCAGCGAAAAUAAUGAAAAGACAGUAGUUCAUGAAAAGACAGUAGAUUCAAUUUUGGAGGAGAUUCUAUUGGUAACAAGUGAUCAUAAGCUUCAGAAGCAAUCUCCCGUAAAUGAAGAGCAAGAAGAAAAUGAAGUUCAUCCUUCUGAUGAAUCUUUAAAAGCAGCAAAAUCAAUUGAAGCAAUUGGCGAACAUAAUGAAAUCAAACCAGCAUCUUCGCCAAACGAUUCAGAAGUUCAUGAGAUGCCAAUAGACUCAAAUUUGGAGGAGAAUAUAUUGGGAACAAGUCAUCAUCAGCUUGAGAAGCAGGCUCCCAUCAGUGAAGAGGAAGAGAGGACCAGAAAUUCAACUUUUAAUACUGAAUCUACACCAAAUGAUCCAGAACCUCAACAAUCUUUACAUUUAGAUUCCGAUCAACAUGCAUUGGAUGAAGUUAAUGCUAACCUAUCUGAAGAAGAUAGCAGUAAUCCACUGCAAGGAAAUGAGGAUUUUCUAGGAUCUAGUUUAGAAUGUGCUAGUGAGGAGAAUAGUCACUUCUUAGGCCCUGACAUAUCAAACAAUCUGAGUGACAAUCCUAUUGUGGAAAAGAAAAUGGGUGAAUCGUUCGGAAAAGAAGCACCAUCCCAAGAAGAAAAGAUGCCACACACACAGAAAAUUGAGAUUAUGAAUGGAGACAAUGUAGGGUUUGAUUUGAGCAGUUUGACAACAAGAACAUCAGACACUCCAAGAAGAGUUGGGGACAAAUCCAAUGAGGAGUUAUCUAUUAAGGACGAUUCAAUUAGGAGUGAUUCCUUGAAUUUACAACUUGAAAAUCGUGUGCUGGAUAAUUCAUUAAACUCCCAUCAAGAAGUUUCUGAACCCGAGGACAAAUGCAUGGUUCUUACUGAAGAAACCAAAAUAAUAGGAAGUGGUUCAGAAAUUGAAGAGGCGCCACAUGAGUACAACGCAACUCAGUUCUGUGAAGAGCCAGUGAAAGAAGCAAAGACUGAAAUUGAGGACUAUGAAAUGAGAAGCCUGGUUGAUAUUUCUAGUAAUCUCAGGAGUACUACAAAAGACUGUCAAAUUGAGGAGGUAAAGGUUGCUGAGAAUGCUUGCCAAGUCGGUGUGUGUGUUAGCAACCAAAAUAAGACUUCUGAUGGACACAACAAGGGCUCAGAACAGGAGCUUCUGGUGGUUUCUGAGCGUGAAACGGUUCCUAUUCAAGCAGAGUUGAUUGUAACAGAUUGCAGAUGUGAAGAGGGGCAACCGGAGGAGAAGAAAAUUGUGGAAGAAGUAGAGGACAAAGCAGAAGCUUCAUAUGCCACAGUGAAUGAUACAGAAGGAAGUAAAACCACAAAACAAUGUCUGGCUCAACCACUUCUGAUUGAGCAGGCAGAAGCUUUUCUCUCACAGAUUUCGGCUUCUAUGAUCAGAAUUCAAGAAGUACACGAAAGUUUGGAAAGGAAUAGCACUGAAUCAAAUCCUGAUAACAUGAACACCCAUGCAUAUGUCCAGAUGCGAAAGUCCCGUAGUUUUGAUUUUGAUCUCCGAGUUGAAGCAAGAGGAAAAGAGUCAGAUCAAACCCCACUACUCUUUCAGGAUAAGGCUGCAAUGGAGAGGUCAUCAAGCCAGGCUGAUGUUUUGCAUGUUGGAUACAACCAAGACGUCUUACAGUAUCAGUUAAGGGCCAUGGAAGAGAAGGUCAUCACAUUGGAAAGAAGUGAUUCUGAGAAGUCAAGAACUCCAUUCUUAGGCCUCUUGAAAGAAGAAGAAGAAGAAGAUCAAAUUGUGGUCACACCACGGAAACAAGAAGCAACCAGAGAAUUGUGUAACUUGUCUACUAAGGAAGCCGCAUCAACUCCACCUAAAGGUAAAGAGAAGCGUAAGCCCAGGUCUUCCUUCUUUGGCAACUGCAUGUGUUGUGCGGCAGUGAUUAAUUAAGUUCCUAAAAGAAAUUAAUCAAUUCCAGUUUCUUUUUUGAUUUGUUGUGGUUGGUUUUCUUUCUGACUAUUUUUUUAUUUUUAUUUUUCUGAAAAAUGGAGUUUUGAUCCGGAGACGCUGUUGGUUUGUUUGUAUAUUGAGAUAGACCAGCAAAGAGGGUCCAUUGUUUAAUUUGUUUGUAUUCUUUUUCCCCCUGCCCUCAUCUAUGGACUUACUAUAUUGUGAGGUAA